AUGAGCAGUUUUACACCAGCCCAAUACUAUAAUCCAACUGGAUUCUUCAUUGCAAAUAUUGCUCCACCAACCUGGGCUGCCUUGGGUUGUGGUUUGGCUAUUGCCUUAUCUGUCGUCGGUUCAUCAUGGGGUAUUUGGAUCACCGGUUCAUCAUUGUUUGGUGCUGCCGUCAAGGAACCAAGAAUUAGAUCAAAGAAUAUUAUUUCUAUUAUUUUCUGUGAAGCCGUCGCUAUUUAUGGUAUUAUUACUGCCAUUAUUCUCCAAGGUCGUAUGAAGGGUAAAGGUUUGAAUCUUGCCGAUCCAGCUGCUGAUUACAAUGCUGGUUAUCUCAUGUUUGCUGCUGGUACCGCCGUUGGUUUUUGUAAUGUUUUCUCUGGUGUAUGUGUUGGUAUUGCUGGUAGUGGUUGCGCUUUAGGUGAUGCUCAAAACCCAUCAUUGUUUGUAAAGAUGCUUAUCGUUGAAAUUUUCGCUGGUGCUCUUGGUUUAUAUGGUGUCAUUGUCGGUAUUUUGAUGACUUCAAACGUUACUCUUGGUGCCAAUAAAAAAACAUGUCUAGUUUUAAUAUUAUUAAUGAGUGAAAGUAAUAGAUUAAAUUAUUCACCUUGCUAUUAUUGUUGUGUUGUUGGUAUCUAG